AUGGCUGACAACGAAGCAAAAGCUCGCCAAAAGAUGGCUGAAGGCGAGAAAAAAUUGAAAGGUGGUGGCGGAUUCUUCGGAAAAUUAUUGGGUGGCGGAGGCGGUGGUGGAGAAGCUGCUGAUCUUUUUAUUCAGGUAAGAUAUUUUUGUAUUUUUAUUUUAUCAGGAAACAAAAAGGAAACAUUAUUUGGCUCUUUUAAGUCAAAUGUCUCAUCUGAAAUCGACAAUGAAAUUGAAUGCGGUCAUUCUGGAUGUGAUUUUAUUGCUUCGAAUCUUCUUGAAUUUGAAGAACAUUACAAAAAUCAUCAAUUCGAAUGUAUGAAAUGUGGCAGAGCUUUUGAAAAUGCUCAUAUUUUGGACUGUCAUCUCGAUGAACAACAUAAUCCAUUUUUUGAAAAAAUGAAUUGUUCUGAAGGAAAAUAUAGAUGUUUACAUCCACAAUGUUCACUGAAAUUCACAAAUUCUCGAACAAGAGAUGAACAUUCAAGAAUUGUACAUUAUAUUCAAUUGGAUCGCAGAAGAAAAAUCGAUAAAUCUUUUCAAUCUCAACUGACAAAUACAAUGGAAAAUCUAAAUUUAAACUCAGAAGAACCAACGUGGAAACUAACUAAACAACGAGAAAUUAAAAAAGCUAAACGGAAAAAUCAAUAAAAUUUGAUAUAAAACUGUGUUAUUGAGAAAAAUUGAAGGUUUUACCUACACAUUUCGAAAUGUUCUGAUUUUCUAGGGUGGAAACUUGUUCAAAAUGGCAAAAUCAUGGAAAGAAGCUGGAGAUGCAUUUGUUCGAGCUGCUGAAUUUUAUGGAUCUGGUGGAGAUUCAAAACAUGAUUGUGCUACACAAUAUGCUGAAGCGGCUAAUUGUUAUAGAAAAAUUAAUCCACAACUUGCUGUUGAUUGCCUUUUGAAAACAUCUGAAAUUUAUACCGAUAUGGGACGAUUCACAAUGGCUGCCAAAAAUCAUGUUACAAUUGCUGAAUUGUGAGUUUUUUGUAUAUGGGUUUUUUAGAAAUGAACAUUUUAUGUCUAAAAAUAGACGUUCACGUUAAAAAUAGGAAAAUCUAGUUAUUUUUGAGAAUGUUUGAAUCCAGAAAAAUUCGAUUUUUUCAGAUACGAAUCUGAAUUGCCGGAUAAAGAAUUAUCUAUAAAACAUUAUCAACAAGCUGCUGAUUAUUACAAAGGAGAAGAACAAAAAAGUAGUGCUAGUAAAUGUUUAAUCAAAGUUGCUCAAUUCUCCGCCGAACUUGAACAAUAUCGUCAAGCAAUUUCAGUUUUUGAAGAAAUUGCAUUUUAUGAAGCUGAUCAUGCUACACUCAAAUAUGCUGCAAAAGGACAUUUCUUCCAAGCUUUAUUGUGUCAUUUGUGUAUCGAUCCUGUGAGUAAAAUUUUCUAGAAUUAAACAAUAUUCAAUUAUUUAUGAUUUGUUUUCAGUUGGAUACUCAACAAGCUUUGCAAAAAUAUGAGAAUGCUUCUCCAUCUUUUACUGAUUCGAGAGAAUGUAAAUUUGUGAAGGAAAUUUUGGCGGCAAUUGAAGAGCAAAAUGAAGAAACAUUCACUGAAGCUGUAGCUGGAUUUGAUAAAAUUAGCAGGUAUGUUCUAGAAGUUUGUAUCUUUUAGGAAAAAUUCUAAUUCAAAAAUUUCUCGCAGACUCGAUCCUUGGGCAACUUCGCUUUUGGUAAAAGUGAAACGUGCAAUUUCAUCGGAAGGAGAUGACGAUUUAAGAUAA